UAUUAAAAAAUAGAAAAAAAAUGUUGUUAUCGUGACUAUAAAUUCAUAUCCUCGGUAUUCGUCAAGAAUAAGAUGUCGAUCACUUCAUUCUCAACGAUUUUAUAAACUUUUUUUAACCUCUUUGGUUCUUCAUUUUAUCUAAUCUUCAAUCUUCAUCCCUUACAAUCUCUCUGCAUUUUCUCUUUCCAACCUUAGGCAUCGUCGUAAAGAUCUCCGUGAAAAUCUGAAUCGCGUGUUUCGAUUUUCCAAAAGUUUCCUCUCAUUUCCGGCUCGUGAUUCCAUCUGUACACACAAUCAAAACCUUUAAAGCGAUGGAUUCUACACGCAAUUGAUGCAGGAAGAAGAACGAUUAAUCGGCGGCAACUACUUGUUUAUGUGUUGAAGCCGAGAAGAGGAUGGCCGUAAGCGGCGGAAGAGAGGAGGAGGAAGGAAGCCGGCGGCUGGAUUCGUCGUCAUCGGAGGAGGAGUAUAACGUAGAGAGCGUUCGUGAACGGAUCACGUCGUCGCGAGGGAGCCGAUUCAAUUUGAUUCAGAAACAGUUGAGAAUUGAUCGGAAUAGUAGAAGGUUUAGCCGUGAAAAUCUCAUUAAUGGCAUUAAGUGCCUCGUUAUCCUCCCUGACAGCAGGUGGUAUAGAGCGUGGACGAAGUUCAUACUGAUAUGGGCAGUGUAUUCUUCCUUCUUCACGCCCAUGGAAUUCGGAUUCUUCAGGGGAUUACCAGAGAAUCUAUUUAUACUCGACAUUGUUGGACAAAUUGCUUUCCUCUUAGACAUUGUUUUCCAAUUCUUCCUUGCCUACAGAGACCCGCAGACAUACCGAAUGGUCUAUAAGCGCACUCCAAUAGCUCUCAAGUACUUGAAAUCCACUUUUGUGACUGAUUUGCUCAGCUGUAUGCCGUGGGACAUCAUUUAUAAGGCUUGUGGGAGGAGAGAGGAGGUGAGAUACCUUCUAUGGAUAAGGUUAUUUCGGGUGCGGAAAAUUGAUGCCUUUUUUAAGACGAUGGAGAAGGAUAUACGUAUUAAUUAUAUGUUUACUAGAAUUGUAAAGCUACUUGUUGUUGAACUUUACUGCACACAUACUGCGGCCUGCAUCUUUUACUAUUUGGCAACUACUCUUCCCGCUUCUGAAGAAGGAUACACAUGGAUCGGAAGCUUAAAAUUAGGGGACUACAGUUACUCACAUUUCAGAGAGAUAGAUUUAUGGAAACGUUACACCACAUCUUUAUAUUUUGCUAUUGUAACCAUGGCCACUGUUGGUUAUGGUGAUAUACAUGCAGUCAACUUAAGGGAAAUGAUAUUCAUUAUGAUUUACGUGUCGUUUGACAUGGUUCUUGGUGCUUACUUGAUUGGUAACAUGACUGCAUUGAUUGUAAAAGGAUCCAAGACAGUGAAAUUCAGGGAUAAAAUGGCAGAUGUAAUGAAAUACAUGAACAGAAAUAGACUUAGCAGGGAAAUCCGUGAUCAGAUCAAAGGUCACUUACGUUUACAGUAUGAAAGUAGCUACACUGAGGCUACUGUUCUACAAGACAUCCCAAUAUCAAUCCGUGCUAAAAUUUCUCAAUCAUUGUAUUUGCCUUAUAUUCAGAAUGUUUCUCUCUUUAGAGGGUGCUCUCCAGAGUUCAUCAAUCAAAUAGUUAUUAGACUCCAUGAAGAGUUUUUUCUGCCUGGAGAGGUGAUAAUGGAACAAGGAAAUGUGGUCGAUCAACUUUAUUUUGUCUGUCAUGGUGUGCUGGAGGAAGUGGGAAUAGGUCAAGAUGGUUCAGAAGAGACCAUAGAUUUACUACAACCCAACAGCUCUUUUGGAGAGAUUUCAAUUCUUUGCAAUAUUCCUCAACCUUAUACAGUUCGAGUGUGUGAAUUAUGUAGACUCUUGCGCCUUGAUAAGCAGUCCUUUACAAAUAUCCUUGACAUAUAUUUUUACGACGGGAGGAAAAUCUUGAACAACCUUCUAGAGGGAAAAGAAACGAACCUUCGAGUUAAGCAAUUGGAAUCAGAUAUCACAUUUCAUAUUGGUAAACAAGAAGCUGAACUUGCUCUCAAGGUGAACAGUGCAGCAUAUCACGGAGAUCUGUACCAAUUAAAAGGUCUUGUUCGAGCUGGAGCUGAUCCAAACAAGACAGAUUAUGAUGGAAGGUCGCCUUUGCAUCUUGCAGCAUCCAGAGGAUUCGAGGAUAUAGUAGUUUUUCUUAUUCAGGAUGGAGUAAACAUUGACCUUACAGAUAAUUUUGGCAAUACACCAUUAAUGGAAGCCAUCAAGAAUGGGAACGAUCAAGUUGCUGUUUUGCUUUCUAAACAAGGUGCUUCACUGAAGGUUGAGAAUCCUGGUAGCUUCCUAUGUACAGCAGUUUCAAGGGGUGAUUCAGAUCUUCUUAAGAGAUUAUUGUGCUAUGGCAUUGAUCCCAACUCCAAAGAUUAUGAUUUCCGAACUCCGCUACAUAUAGCUGCCUCAGAAGGACUAACUUUGAUGGCAAAGUUGCUUUUAGAAUCAGGGGCUAGUGUUUUCUCAAAGGACAGAUGGGGAAACACCCCGCUUGAUGAAGGCAGAAUUUGUGGAAACAGGAAUAUGCUUAAGCUUUUGGAAGAGGCAAAAGCUUCACAGUUAUCAGAAUCUCCUUAUUCCUCUCGAGAAUUCACAGACAAAAAGCACUCGAAGAAAUGUACAGUGUUCCCUUUCCACCCAUGGGAUCCUGAAGAAAACAAAAGACCUGGAAUUGUGCUAUGGGUUCCAAUCACUAUUGAAGAGCUCAUCAAAGAAUCAUCAGAGCAGCUACAAGUUUCAGGUGAAUGUUGUAUAUUAUCAGAAGAUGGAGGUAAAAUUCUUGAUGUCCAUAUGAUUGAUGAAAGUCAAAAGCUGUAUCUAGUUUCUGAAACUCAUUAAUGAGGUCAAUUGGUUAUUGUUGUGUGCAAAAUAAAAAUUUUAUAGUUAGGCCAUUCUUCACCUUGGCUAUGUUGUCAAUUUACAGAUGAGUGUAAAUAUAAUGUUGAUGAAAAAUGGGAGCCUUGGUAGGUAUUCCCUUCUCCUGUGCAAUAGUUUUUGGGCUCCCAUUGCCAACACUUGUUGUUCUGAAUUGACCAAAAGGAAGAUUAGAAAAGAAUGGCCUAAGUUCUCUUGAAAAAAAAAAUGUCAUUACCUGAGAAUGAAAGAAAGCAUACACAAAUUGCUGUUAUGUGGUUGAAGCAGGGAUACUUUAUGCUGAAUAACAUUAUCUUGCAAGCAAUGAAGCAAUAUC